AUGUGCACGGGGGAUAACCUGGACACCGCCGUGGCGAUUGCGCGGCAGUGUGGGAUUUUCAACCGCGCCCGUGGCGAUCUCGCGAUGACCGGGCGCGAGUUCCGCGAUCUCGUCUACGACGCCUACGGCGACGAGGCUCGGAUGCAGCGGUUUUGGUUGGUGCUCGACCACAUGACGGUGAUGGCGCGCUCGCAGCCGCUGGAUAAGCAGCUCCUCGUGUUGAUGCUGAUGAUGCGCGGCGAGAUCGUCGCGGUGACGGGCGACGGCACCAACGACGCCCCGGCGCUGCGGCUCGCGAAUGUCGGGUUUGUGAUGCGCAGCGGCACGGACGUCGCCGUGAAGGCCGCCGAUAUCGUCCUCCUCGAUGACAACUUCCGCUCCGUCCAGCGCGCGGUCGUCUGGGGGCGAUGCGUUAACGAUAACAUCCGGAAAUUCCUCCAGCUCCAGCUCACCGUGAACUACGUCUCGGUGGUGCUCAUCUUCGUCGGCUGCAUCGUUGCCGCGGGGAACUCGUCGCCGCUGUCGACGGUGCAGCUGCUGUGGUUGAAUCUGAUCAUGGAUACCCUCGCGGCGCUCGCGCUCGCGACGGAGAAGCCGAGCGAAGAAUGCCUCCGACGCCCGCCUAUCGGCCGCGGGGAGCCCCUGAUUUCCUACCGCAUGCACCUGACGAUUGGCGUCGCCACGCUUUACAUGCUCGUCAUCGCGCUCUGCGCGGAGCACCUCCCAAGUUCGUGGAUGCGGCUCGGCGCGCCCGGCAGCCGGGAGAAUCAGACCAUCGUUUUCAACCUGAUCGUGCUCUGCACGAUCGCGCAUAUGGUGAGCUCCCGUAAGCUCUACAACGAGUUGAAUCUUUUUGAGGGGUUUAAGCGCUCGAAGCCUUUUAUUUUCGUGAUCAUCUCCUGCGUGUGCUUCCAGGUCCUCGCGGUGGAGACGUUUGGGGAUUUCAUGCAGACCGUUCCGUUGAGUAUCUACCAGUGGCUCCUGUGCAUCGUGCUGGCGGUGUUGCUGAUGGUGUUGACGACCUUAUCACGUCUCAUCCCGCUGCGGGCGCCCGCCUACACCUCGACGUUCGAUUCCUCCUGCCUCGAUGCCGAUGCGAGGCGGUCGCUUGAUAAGCUCUGCCUGGCGGUCGAGAAGGCUCGUAAGGGUGCGUCGUAUUAUAGCGGUAGGUGCUUGGACGAUGCAUCGCGGCUGCGCGCACAGGCGCUUUGGGAUAAGGUCCAUCGGCAUCAUAUUUAUGGGAAUAGAAUCAUCAAAAUGUUUCGUGGCUCGUGCAUGAGGCGGAUGAACGCAGAGAAGGGUAUGUUGUAA